GUGUUGGAUAUAUUUCUCUGUAUCGUACAGACCAUUUUGCAAAAUUGACUUUGGUCCCGGCUCACGGAUUCAUUCUGCUCUGCUACAUAAACCCACAACAUGUUGUUCCACUGCCACUCGGAGUGACGUCAGUACCUUUCAUUAAAUUAGAUGGAAGGAAAGGCAAACACAACCCUGAAUGACUAAGCCGACCGGCUGCCGGAGAAAUAAAAGAUUCCGUACAAGGCGCUGGCAGUGUGGCCUCUGUCUCCCGACUGCAGGAGAGAUCUAUGAAGAAACAAGGGGCAAUAUUUAGCACUGGCAGCGCUAUGAAGCAGCUGUUGCACUGAGCUCGGGGUUCAAUAACCAUGGCAACAGAGGAGGCAGUCUCAUCUUCAUCCGUAUCCCCUGAAGCAGCAGCAGCAGCAGCAGAGUGACAAGCCCAGCACUGUCUAUAGCCGUGUAACACUGUCCUGCUCUGCAUUCUGUACGGCUCUACGUUAACUACCCCUGGGAAGGUCGUUCUGUAAAUUAAAUCCUGCUCCUGACAUCCAGCCCUGGAGUACUGGGGAAGCCUAGAAGAGCCAGGGAGGGUCACUGCAGCACUGAAAUUCAGGCGAUGAGCUGAAAAUAACAUGUCUGAAGUACAAGGUACCAUAGAGUUUUCAGUACAGCUGCAUAAAUUUCACAACGUGGACUUAUUCCAACGAGGAUAUUAUCAUGUAAGAGCGUCUAUAAAGACAUCCGCACGGAUCCCUCACAGGCUUGUGGCCACACUUGUAGGGCAAACAGAUGACCCUGGGCCAUACACGCCUUGUGUCUAUGAUAAUGUUGUGUACAGCCGCGUGUUUCAGAUCCUGUACAGAAAUGAAGACAUUGACAUUAAUGAUGUGAUGGCAUUUAAAGUGCACUUGCUGCUCGACGGAGAGAGGGUAGAGGAUGCCCUGAGUGAAGUAGACUUCCAGCUGAAGUUAGAUCUCCACUUUACAGACAGUGAACAACAGCUGAAAGACAUGUCGGCUGUGCCCUUGAUCAGCAGUCGAACUCUAGGCCUACAUUUCCACCCGACGAGCGGUUUGCACCACCAUGUUCCCGUCAUGUUCGAUUAUUUCCACUUGUCUGUGAUUUCUGUAACAGUGCACGGCUCACUGGUAGCCCUACAUCAGCCGCUGAUAAGCUUUGCCCGCCCGGUGAAAGCAUCAUGGUUGGGGAAAAGCGGUCAGGAACUGGUCACAGACAACACUAGCAUUUCAAUGGAGAACCUGGUGUUCGGAGCUGCGUACUGCAAGCCGCCAUCUUCAGAGGGAAGCUGUUACGUCCCAUCAGAAGACUGCAUACAACACGCCUAUAAAUGGCACAAGGACCUCUGCCAGCUUCUGCUGACUGCCUACACUGCCUUGGGCUCAUGUUAUGCCAACAUCUUAAAAGAAAUUCCAGACUUACCACAUGCUGAGAUAGAGGAAUUACCAACUGAAAGGACUUUAUCUCAGCUGUGCAACCAACUGCAGCUGCUAAGUGGCCCAGAGGAGAUAAUGGAACAAAUAAGUAAAGACCUGGCGUGGCUCCGCUCUCAGCUUCUUCUAGCAUGGAGCCACUUCCUGGAAACAGUCACCCUUCAGCCUGAUGUCACUUCCUAUCUCAUGCAAGAACACCACACUCUGAGGGUGCGACGAUUUUCGGAAGCCUUUUUCUACACGGAGCAUGAGAAACCUGCUGUUCUGACUUUCCAGGAAAACCUGAUUCAAAGCCAAAGCAACCUUUCAACAGAAAUCCGGAGUUCGGAAUACUUGUCUGCCCUGCCCCCCCUUCCUAUCGAGUGUUUGGAUAUAGACGGAGACUGGACCUCUAUCCCUAUUAUCUUUGAAGAUCGAUUUGUGGAGUGUCCAAGAAAAGAUUACAUUAUGGAUAAUAGGCUUACAGAGCCAGCAAAUGAAAAUGAAUGUGAAUCUAGUGAGGAAUUCCCAUCAGAAAACAUUCACAUUGGCUCAAAACCACAUUUUAUUCAAACAACAACAGUUCAUGAAAAUGUAUCGUUUGAAAAGCAAAGCAUCGACGCCAAAGCUCAAGGAGAUUGCUCUACUGAAAGCCCAGAACAAGGCUUUGAUUAUAAUCAGGAAGCUGAUUCAAUUGUUGAAUUGGGAUUUGUAGCAGAUUUUACUCAAUUACCUGUUCCACCCUCUGAAAUAUCUGGAGCCAAAUUAUCACUGUCAUCUCCAGAUAAAGACUGUGAUCAAGGUAGCAGGUGCAACCAGGAACCAAAAAGAACUCCAGGCGUUACUUAUAUUGAAGUAAAACCCCAAAGCCAAGAUCAAUACAAAGGAGAAACAGUGUUAAUUGUCGGUUCCCAGUAUGGAAACAACAUACCCUUGGUCAACAGUGAAGCUCCACAAUCUGAAAGAGAUCUAAUAAAUAGUACCAAUAAGAUGACAACAUAUGAACAUAUUGCUUUACAUGAAAUAAGUAGCAUGAAAAAUGAACUCAUUUCAGUUUCAAAAAAUCAUAAAUCCCGUCAGGGCAGUCAUAUAUUAUUAAAGAGCAGCAGCACUGAAUUGAUAAGGAACUCUACAGAGGAUACACUGAUGGUGAAAUCUUGCUCCAGGGAUAUUUAUGAAAAGUCUUCAUUAUUCUCAUCAGGGUGUAUCAAGAGGUCUUCUUCUGUGAUAUCAGACUCUGGAAUAGAAAGUGAACCCAGCUCUGUUGCUUGUUGUGAUGUCCAUAACAGGACAAUGGACUUAAACAGUGAUAAAGAUCUUCUUCUGCAGAUGUCAAAGCAACACUGGGCGUGUCGAAACUCCUUGGAAGGAGACCACACAGAAAGUAAUACAAGCUUGCCGAGUGGGAUCCAGGCCUCACUAGCUUCCAUUAAUUCUUUGCCGUUUGAGGAGGAAGACAGGGAAAUGGAGCUUUCAAAGUUAACAAAAUCUGUUUCUGCCCCACAGAUCAGUAGUCAGGAUGAAACCUUAAAUGACUUAAUUAUAAAUAACAAAUUGGUGGGUGAAAUAAUUCACAGCUUGAAGAAAUGUUCAAGUGAGGAAAAGGAAGAGGAAAGUCAAACAGCAAUGAACUACUACAACAACAUCGCAAAUGGAAUCUUCAGAGAGUUGAAUGACACGUGCAACACCACCAAAUCUCCAGAAUCUUCAUUGACAAAUAUUUUAAUUCAAGGUUGGAUUCCAAGUUCUGAGUCUGGAAUGAUUGAUGAUAAUAUUUUUAAUGAUCCAGUUGUCCCUGAAGCAGAAGAUAUCCCAUCAGUUCAUCCAGAAACAAUCUUGUGUGAUUUCAACUCUCAGGAUAACCAGUAUGCUUUAGACCAUGCCAAUAAAAUGGAGCAUGAAGCAUCUUCAUAUUCUGUGGCCCCAUUAGUAGAUGUCAUAGUUCCAACCAAAGAGAUAUUUCAAGACUUUUCAGUUUUACACGACAUUGAGCUCUCAGAAGACUCUGUAGAAUCUAUUGAUCAGUCAGUAGAUAAUUAUUAUCAUGAACUCUACAGUAUAGAUAAAGAAGUCACAGACAAUAGAACUGAUUAUGGUUCUGAACUUGAGGAAACCAGGGCAAGUAUGUCUACUGUCCGAGUGCUAGAAAGAAGGAAAGGAGUUGAGCUGGUCAAUUUGUCUGUGUCCUGUACUGCUACAUGUUUACCAUUUUCUUCAAUGCAAAACGACACUCCAGUGAUUCCAGGGUUUUCAACAAAACAAGCAUUGUUUCCAAUAACAAGACAACCAUUGGGUACCUUUGAGGUUAAUUCCAGCAACUCUAACACAGAUGAAGAAAGCAAUGAAAGAAUGCUGAGCUUUCAUCAGGCGAAAGACAAAUUCAGGAAAGAGUUGAAGUUUGAAGGUUUCCUCUACAGCGACCAGCCUGUACUUGCUUCUGAUGUGCCUUAUUUUCCUCCCGAGGAGGAACAGAUAGACGAUGGAAUCCAUCUGGUCGUCUGUGUGCAUGGAUUAGAUGGUAACAGUGCUGAUCUGCGACUAGUAAAGACUUUUUUGGAACUGGGAUUGCCCGGAGCAAAUCUUGACUUCCUCAUGUCUGAAAAAAACCAGACGGACACCUUUGCGGAUUUUGAUGCUAUGACUGACAGACUCAUUGAUGAAAUAGUCCAGCACAUUCAGUUAUAUAACCUUUCAAUAUCAAGAAUAAGCUUCAUAGGACAUUCUUUGGGAAACAUCAUAAUUCGGUCUGUGCUCACCCGGCCCCGAUUUCGGUACUACCUAAACAAACUGCAUACGUUCCUGUCUCUCUCUGGGCCUCACCUUGGCACACUUUAUAGUAAUAGUACUUUGGUUAAUACAGGUUUGUGGCUUAUGCAAAAGUUAAAGAAAUCUGGAUCUCUGCUGCAGUUGACGUUCAGGGAUAAUGCUGAUCUCCGCAAAUGCUUCUUGUACCAGCUCAGCCAAAAGCCAGGCCUUCAGUAUUUUAAGAAUGUAGUUCUGGUCGCUUCGCCGCAGGAUCGAUAUGUCCCGUUUCAUUCGGCGAGAAUAGAAAUGUGUAAAAAUGCCACGAAGGACAGACACACAGGACCUGUAUAUACUGAGAUGUUAAACAACCUUCUCCAACCAGUUAUAGACUCCAAGGACUGCACUUUGAUACGGCACAAUGUGUUCCAUGCUCUUCCAAACACUGCCAAUACUCUCAUUGGACGUGCAGCUCACAUUGCCGUGUUGGAUUCCGAACUCUUCCUGGAGAAGUUUUUCCUUGUUGCUGGACUUGGAUAUUUCAAGUAACUUCUAAUUCUGAUGCAAAAUGCAAGUGGUCACCAAACAAAAAGGGGAACUUUUUUCCUUUAUUAUGCUAAAAAUAUUCUAGCCUUUUCUUUUGGUGUAUAUUUUGCAAAAUACCUCAUUAUAUUUUUAUGACUUUUUUUUGGGGGUUGUAAAUCAUUUAAAUGACACACUGCCUAUUCAAAACUGCCCAAACAAAAAAAAAGGGGGGAGAGGGAAAUUUUUGGCACAUGCACUUAAUAAAAUAGUAGUAUGCAGGUAACCAAGAAGCAAACAGGUUCAUUGUCAACAAAGUCAGAAUUAUUAAAGGAAAAUUAACACCAAAAAACAAGUGUUUUAAAGGAAUGAUAAUAUAAUGUACUGGUGCCUUGCACUGGCAAAACUGGUGUAUUUGCUUCAUAAAAACAGCUAUAGUUGAUGUAAGAAGCUGCUGUGUAGCCAUGGGGGCAGCCUUUGAAGCACAGAAUACAAAGC